CUCGCCUCGCCUCGCCUGGCCGCUCGCCGCCGCGGAGGGGCGGCGCUGCCUCCCUGCACUCCCCCGCCCGGCGACCCCGCUCCGUCUCCGGGAAGGGCGCGGGGAGACCCUCGUUGCCCCUCGGCUCGGCGGCGGAGUUGGAGCCGGCAGCGGCAGCUCGGUGCGAUGCCGUGUUAGCCCCCGAGGGAGCGCCGGAGGGAAGGGGCGCGAGUGGCCGGGGCUGCGGCUGGCACCAUGGGCACCGGGCUCGAGGGCGAGGCGGACGGGCUCUCUGCGCGCUCCGAGUGAGCCCGGAGAUGUGCCGGCGCCCGGGGGAAAUAUUUUGGAAAUAGCACGGAGCGGUCCGAGGAGGACGAGCGGCGGCACCCCGUUUCACCAGCUGAGAGGAGGUCGCCCGGCGGUCGUGUACAGGCAAACUGUUUUGCCAUAUGAAACCAACAGGAAAUUGUAACCCAAAACAAAUAUCACUUGCUGUGUCAUAGCACAUGGAUUUCAGGACCGCCUGCGAAGAGACAAAGACAGGGAUUUGUUUGCUGCAGGAUGGUAACCAGGAGCCUUUCAAAGUGCGACUGCACUUAGCCAAAGAUAUAUUGAUGAUCCAGGAGCAGGAUGUGAUCUGUGUGUCUGGUGAGCCUUUCUAUUCUGGUGAAAGGACAGUCACAAUUAGAAGACAAACUGUAGGAGGAUUUGGAUUAAGUAUAAAGGGUGGAGCAGAACAUAAUAUUCCAGUGGUCAUUUCUAAGAUUUCCAAAGAACAACGAGCUGAACUUUCAGGUUUGCUCUUUAUAGGAGAUGCAAUUCUGCAGAUUAAUGGAAUUAAUGUGAGAAAAUGCAGGCAUGAAGAAGUGGUUCAGGUCCUUCGCAAUGCGGGGGAAGAAGUGACCCUAACUGUGUCCUUUUUGAAAAGAGCACCUGCUUUUCUCAAACUGCCAUUGAAUGAAGAUUGUGCAUGUGCCCCCAGUGACCAGAGCAGUGGUACUUCCUCUCCCCUGUGUGACAGUGGUUUGCAUCUCAACUACCAUCCCAACAACACGGAUACAUUAUCAUGUUCCUCAUGGCCAACAUCCCCAGGACUUAGAUGGGAAAAAAGGUGGUGUGAUCUCCGAUUAAUUCCACUUCUUCAUUCACGAUUUUCCCAGUACCUUCCAGGAUCAGAUUUGUGCAGGCAAAAUGCGUUCCAAGUAAUUGCUGUGGAUGGGGUUUGCAGUGGAAUAAUUCAAUGUCUCUCUGCUGAAGACUGUAUUGACUGGCUACAAGCAAUAGCAAGUAACAUUUCCAACCUCACAAAGCACAAUAUUAAAAAAAUCAACAGGAAUUUCCCCGUAAACCAGCAGAUAGUCUACAUGGGCUGGACGGAAGAACGGGAACAAGACUCCCUUCAGGAUCGAAUGUAUACACCAAAGUUUUUAGCACUGAGGGGAUCUUCUCUGUAUAAAUUUAUGGCACCUCCAGUCACAACCUGGGAUUGGACACGAGCUGAGAAAACAUUUUCAGUCUAUGAGAUAAUGUGCAAAAUUUUCAAGGACAGUGAUCUACUGGACCGGCGGAAACAUUGUUUUGGUGUCCAAUCUGAAUCUGGAGAAGAUCUUUACUUUUCUGUGGAAUUAGAGUCUGACCUAGCACUAUGGGAAAAAGCAUUCCAGACAGCAACUUUUUUAGAAGUUGAACGGAUACAGUGCAAGACAUAUGCCUGCGUUUUGGAGAGCCAUCUUAUGGGGCUUACCAUUGACUUUAGCACAGGCUUUGUCUGUUUCGACGCUGCAACAAAGGCUGUACUUUGGAGGUACAAAUUUUCCCAGCUCAAAGGUUCUUCAGAUGAUGGGAAGAGCAAAAUCAAAUUCCUUUUCCAAAACCCAGAUAAUAAACAAAUUGAAGCAAAGGAGCUGGAGUUUUCCAACCUGUUUGCAGUCCUUCAUUGUAUCCAUUCGUUCUUUGCAGCCAAAGUGGCUUGUUUGGACCCUUUGUACGUAGGCAGUCAAGCAACAGCUUCUGCUGCUCCCACAACUUCUGGUACUGGCAAAUUAAAGUAUACAACUUGAUAUCUCACAUUACAGCACUGCCAUUUAUCAAAAAGACUUAAUGUAUAGAUAUUCAUAAGAUGUGAAACUGGUGAACCUGUACAUGGAAACCAAUUCUGGAGACAAGACAUCUUGCAGCGUCAGCAGAUAGAUGGUCACGUGGGAUCAUAAACUCAUUUCUGUUCUGCAAGACACCAGUAAAUAAUCCUCGCAGAAUCCCCAGAAUAGGAUGGAUAUGCUUUUAGUAUGAUCUAUUUGUACUUAUUUAGUGCUUUAACCAACACUGGAAGCAAAGGAAUAAAUAAUGCAAUGAGGCAUUUCGGUAUCUAAUAAAAUUUUCAAAUUGCUGUAAUAACACACAAAAAGAAUUGUCAUUUUCCUGUUUUCAAAUGUUUUUAUGACAAUAUGCUAAACUCUGAGUAUGAACCUAGUACCCAAUGAUUAUAUUAUAAAUGACAUAAGAGAAAGCGACAAGCAUUUAGUACAUAAUGAUGAGGAGAUGAGCAUGAAAAGACAUUUGUGUAAGUAUUUCUUCAAAUAAGAAAGCACUUUAAGCACUGUUAUAAUCCAUAAUUAUUUCCAUACCUGGAGUCAUGGUACUUUUUCUAUUUUGUUCUUUUAGCAUUAGCAACAAAUAUAUAGCCAUAUUGACUGACACAGUUCAAAACAAAAACCCUACAACCCCACUUCCAUGAGUAAGUUCCUCUUCUUCAAUUAAAAAUAUUAUAAUAUUAGUUUAAACGUAAUGACAAGUGAAAGUUUGUAAAAUAUCAUUUCUACUAUUUACUUCCUCAAUUUUUUGGAGAACUAAGAAUCUGAUUUUUCCUCACAUGAUACAGAUGUUGUAUUUGCUUCAGAAACAAUCCACAUAAUGCAUUGUUUCCAUUAUUAACCUUGAUUUCACUCAUAAGGUCUCAAGAAAAUAGACAUUCAAUAUUAUUUUUGAAAAAUGAGUCAAACCAUUGAAUUGGUAGUGAUUUCUUUUUUUAUAUUAUUAGUAAAAGGCAGGAAUAAAAUAAAUAGCCUUUAAUGAUGGAAGCAAUGACAGAACGCAUACUGUCUUUGUAUAUUAAAAAAAUACUACAUCACCCAUGACCAUAUAACAGAAAUAGUAGUUCCAGGGUCUCAUUUAAUGAUCAAAUCUGAAAGAAUUUUACAUUUAUAACUAAUAACUUAUAAAAAUAAUUUAAUGUUGUGCUACUACGUAUCAAUGAAAAUGGCCAAACGGUGGAGUUAUAGCUGAAAGAUCAAAACAAGGUGAGGUUUGUUUGUUUGUUUGUUUUUUGCAGACAAAAAAAAACCUAAAAGACUGCAAAAAAUGCAUUUGUUGCACAUUCAGAAUGUGUAGAAUAUUUUAAAUGAUGCUUUCUGGGAUUUCUACUUAUAUUAUUGAAAUCUGUAUUUCCUUUUUUUCCCCCUUCUUAUAAAAGCACAUGGAAGAUAAGAGUUAAGGAUACAAUCUCUCUUGUGUAACUGGAAGACAAACUAUUUCCCAUCCAUUUUUACAUAUUAAAAGAAGAAAAAAAUCAGCAUUGAAUCCAGAGGAAAGCUUUUUCCAAAUGGGAGCAAUUCAAAUGUUAAGUGGGGACAAAAGAUGAAUGAACUGUUGGGGUAAAUCAUGCAUCUGUCUUUUUGCUUUGCAGUAGAGGUAUUUGGAUUUAUGUGUAUUAGAAAGCGUCCUUGCAAAAUGGAGACUGAAGGUAAAGUUGAUUCUAGUUCAAAACAAUCUGAAAUGCAUUUUCUGGGAAUUCUUUGUCAUUGUCACAGGACUACCAGUAUGUUCUUACUCCUUAGUAGAACUCCAAGUGUUACAGGAUUUCAUAAUUGUGUUCCACAUUUAUUUUCCAUGUUACAUACAAUGGAAUCAUGUCAUAAUCCAAUGAUUAAAUGUUUUAAGUGUCAUCAAAAUCCAGCAUUUUCAUAGUCAUUAUCCUGUUUACAUGAAUCUUUCCUAAAUAAGGGGGUUAGAUCUUAGUCUCUGCAUGACUUGUGAAACUGCUGUGGCUAUUGAGUUUAUUCCUGAGAGAUUACAGGCCCCAAAUGUUUUGAAUCCAAAACUGCAACUUUCUGAGAAGUUUGCUGAUGACAACUCAGAUGUUCUUCUUGUCAAAAAGGCAUGUUCUGGAAAGACAGUUUUGACAGACCACUGUCAAUGAUGAAGCUUUGUAUUCUGUGCUCCCAAAUCAUCUCAUUCUGGUGAGCAUUGCAUUCAGACAUCCAGUACAGGCAUGUGAAUGUCUCUCUAAGUGCUCUGGUGGUAGUAGAGGAAUCUAAAAUUAAUCAGUUGAAUGUUUUCCCUUCAAUUAGCUCAGAUGAUGUGCACAAUGGCACCACUGAAACCAAGGGUUAUUUAAGGGAGAUUGUUUAAUAUGGUUAAGUGAGCAUAGCAUUUAUCUGAAAGAGCAGAAACUAUACUGUUGCAAAUUGAUGUAGAUUAAGGCUUUCCAUAAUUUGACAGAAAAAUAAAUAAAUAAAUAAAAGUUGCUACUUGUGCAGAAAUGUCUUUAUGCCGUGCACUUUUGGGGCCUGGACUCUACCAGGGUGUUCUACAGAACUGUCAUGUAUUUUGUUUGUAGAAACGCUGUAUGCAUCAAUGAGAAUUUUUUUUUUUUAGUUGGGCAUUGAAUACACAAUAUUUAAGAGGCAAAUAGACACACAAAAAAAGAACCUGCAAUUUUUAUAUUUGUUUGUGUUUUGAAACUCCAUAUUACAAAGAUCUGAACUUGUGAAGCAUAAUAUUUUUAGUUUCAAGAAAAUAAAGGUGACCUUGGGAGAAUAUAAAAUGCUGUGGCCUUGACUACAGGUCAGUACUGGCUUGUAAGUGUGUGAUUCUGAGGGUCUUUGCACUGACCUCCGAUUAUUCAGAGGUGGCUGCAUCAGGCUUGCCCUCUCAUAGCAAGUAAAAGAGAAAUUCAGCCUUGAACCAAUGUGAAAAUUUUAAAGUCUGUGUCAUAAAACAGGAAAAUGUAAUUUUAGUGACUAUGUUUUUUAUUUAAAUACAAGAAGACUCCAAAUUAAAGCAUAGUUAACUUCAUAUGCAUAUGUCAAAACCAACCUCUAUGUUGCAAGCUAUCAUUUAACAUAUCAAAUAUAAUGAAUACAAGUAUUUUGUAAGUCAGCAUGGCCCACUGAUUACAAAGAAAAAAAUAAAAUUAUAAUAAACUGUCAGCUCUUACUGAAAAUCUGUAUGCAAAUAAAAGCAAAUAUUGGAAAAAAAAAAAAAAAACAACAACAAACCUUAUUUCCCACAAAGUAAAAUAUAGUUUUUCUUUAUGACAUCAUAAAUAAGUUAAAUUAAAAAGUAUAUGUCUUUAUACUUAGUACUGUGCCUAUUGAAAUGAUGUUAUAUAACAUACCGUAAAUAUACAUUCCUCAGUACACAAAAUGUAUUUGAUUUAAUUUGCUUUGCUUUAUGAUGGAAAUUUUAGAUAAGCUGGCCUCCACGGAAUUAACCAUAUGUUAGGUUAUAGUGUUAUCAUAAUUUUGUUAUGAACGUGUUGCAGAUCUGUAGACAAGUUAUUCUAGAUUUCAUAGGUGAAUGAAUAUAUUUCAUUUCCUAUAUCUGUUUAAAAACACAGUUCCAGAAGGCACUUUUGAAAUAAAGAUCAGGAUAUUAUAAAAUAUUGGUCAUUUUAUUUUCUUAAUAAAGUGCAGCAAGAAGUUUGUAAAUUGUAAGCCAGUUAUUUUUUAAAAGAAAUAAUUUGACAUUUUGGCUGUUUAAACUAGAAUUCAUAAAAAUGUAAUAUAAUAAUAUACAGUAUCAAUAUACUUUGAGAUGAGAUUCCUGAAACAUAUUGUUUUCCAGCUUAGUUCUUGAUCCCACAGAAACUUUGCUUUAUAUUUAUUUUAUAUGCUCUGACUUUAUCAGAAUAUCUCACAGUGCACAGACCAUGAGUAAGUCAUUGUGGUUACUACUGCUUUUUCCUUUAAAUAUGAUUUCUUUUAUGCAUUGCCUUAAGAUGUUUCUUACAUCAAGAGAAAUAUUAAAAAGGCUAAAAAUCUCAUGAAUGUAUAGUUGCUGCCCUUAAUUCAACAGCUUUGCUACAUAUUGUUGUCUAAGUACCCACAGUAUUCUCAAUGCCAAAAAGAAAGUACAAUUUUCAUCCUGAUAUAGCAAUGCCAAGUCAAAUGUAAAUGUAUUAAUAUUAAACACUCACCUAUGUACUGCACUUUUAGUUCCCUUAUAGAAUCUAGUCCCUGAGAAAGUGUUUUGUCUCAAAAAAAAAAAAAAAAAAAAAAAAAAAAAGCUGAUUUUAAUAUGUUCAUCUUUGGGGCAACUUAAAA